GUCCCCUUGAUUUAGCGCGAACGCAGAAAAGCUAAGCAAUCUCAAUGGAAAAAGAAAAAGAAGAGUUGGAUCUGCUUCUACUCCAAUCCUCCCUGAAAACUAAGUAUUUGUGCCAGAAGGUUGUAUACAAAGAGGUCACAGGAUCUACUAUGGAUGAUGCCAAGAAAAUGGCAAAGGAAUAUGAUUACCCUCAUGGGACAGCUGUUAUUGUUGAACGGCAAAUGAUGGGUCGUGGCACCAAACACCACCAGUGGCACUCGGAAAACACAGGAAAUAUUUAUUUGUCCUUCAUUUUGUACCUGCCACAGCUAGAUGUUAGCUUGCAGGAUGAUUUCUUGCUCGAAGUAAUUGCGUGUCUGGCUGUGGUACAAGCAGCGCAUAAUCUGGGGGUCACUAGUGCUCAGUGUAAAUGGCCAAAUGAUGUGUGGGUCAGAGGUCAUAAGCUGGCUGGUUUCCUGUCAGAAAAUGGAAAUCAUAGGAGGAGAGUGGCAGCAGGGGAGCAAGAGGAAAGUCUGGUGAUUCUUGGUGUUGGGAUCAAUGUAAAUGCAGACCCGCGUCGUGACUCAUUGUUAGCACCCAUUGCUACCAGCCUACGCUGUGAGCUAGGAGGAGCUCAUGUCAGUCGAGAAAAAUUCCUUGCAAAUGUUUGUAGCUUACUAGAGGAGAGACUUGAAUGGCCUGUGAAAACCUGCUUCCAAGCAUUUACUGGCAACAAUGUGUUCCACCCCAUGAUGUGUGUUAGCGUCCAUGAUUAUGAGACAAGCAGAAACUUUGAAGCAACAUUUGGCACUUUUGAAGAGGAUUGGGACAUAACAUUGACAGGAUUGCCAGCAGACAUGAGAGAUGGUGAGGUGUUAAAAUGCGCUUCACAGCGAUUCGCCAUACGUCCAUAUUGCGGUCAGACUGUGUUUGUAUCUACAGUGGGUGAUGAUGACACAUUAAUUUCCCAGUUAAUGAUUCAGUGUCUGUCAGCACUGCUUGACACUUCAAAGAUUUCAGUCAGACCUCUCAUGUGGAAAGAGUUUACUUCAGAAACAGCUGCAUGGAAAAAGAGUGCCACUCUGCUUGUACUGGCUGAAGUGCCAAUUGCUGAUGAUGAGAAAGUAUUAGUUCUUCAGUUCCUUGAGAGUGGUUUACCUGUCCUUGUGUCAGCAGCUGGUGUUAAAUUUGUCUGUGGCCUUCUGAAUAUAGAUUUCAAGGUUGAAUCACAAGUGGACGAACACUGCAGAAGUGGCUUGACUAUUCAGUUAAAAGAUCAACUCAAUGGGGCAUCUCUUACUUUUGUCACUGGCUCUCCUCCAUGUUGUUUCUCACCCUCAGUGUCCUACACAGUUGUGGCUGAACACAUCAACACCAUGGCAGAAGAGGAAGAACAGAUACUAGGUGCUGCUGCAGUGAUUGUUCAACCCACAGGCCUGAACAAGGUGGGCUUAAUUGGGUUUGACAUUGAGAAAAGGUUUUCUCGGUCUGUUGAUGUAAGCUCGCCAGAAGCUGAUGAUGUCUUCAAGCUAGAUGUUUUGAUUUUGUCAAUGUUUAAAGUACUUGUGUCUGAUGUCUGAUUCUGACGAAGAAAGAUUUUGUUUUGGCUUCUAUUUCCUUCUCAUCAGUCAUUCUUUUUACCGAGUCUUAAGGCAAGUUUAUUUGCAAUCUACCAGUCCAAACUGCUAGCAUUUAUCUACAUCUAUAUUCAGUUUCUAAUGUCGCAGAACUAACGUGACCAAAGAGCUUAUGUUUAAUGGUUAGUGUUCUUGACUGUGAAAAAGAAGGUUGCUGAUUUAAAGUCUAUUUUAUGCUUGUGGCUUAAAACUCUUCCCCCUUACCCCCAUCCAUAACCCCAUCCUACAGCAUUCCACAAUUAAGUGAUUAAUUUCUCAAGGUAAAGAUGGUGGAAGAAGAGAAUGGGCUUUAUCUUGCACAUUCCGUGCCCUAAAAAAAUGAACUCCUUACAUACAUUUUCUACAAGUGCUGGGCUACCAGACUUAACAUUCGCCUUACAGAUAUAUAAUUGUGAUAUUUAAGCACAUUUAUUGAUUGUUUUGAUUUGUUGUAUGCUACAGUGUGCAGAGUAUUUAUCUUGAAGACACAACAUAAUGUUGGCAUUUGAUAUUGCUACAUGAGGCUUGAUAUUAAUCUUUGAUAUUAUCAGUUGAUCUUGUCACUUGAUACUGGUACAUCAUAUUGACAGUAUUUGCUGUUGGUUCAUGAUAUUAAUAUUUGAUAAUAUUGCUCACUAUUGGUACUUGAUACUUGCACUUGUAUUUUGCAUGAGGAACAGAAUAUUUGUUGCAUGCUUUCUAUUUUUUAUAACAUAUAUUUUGAUAAUACCAUUCUAUCUAAACAAAUUUUGUCUUUGUUGUGCAAUACUUGCAGUAUUUACAGUUUGUCCAUGAACUGUGAUCUUUUCAGUAUUGAUCAAACAUUAAAAUUUGUAAUUGCCCAGGAGUAAAUAAAUAUACUCAUUUUUC